AUGAAACGUUCAUCUCGAAGGAUUCCUCGAGAUGGGAAGGAUGGAAAGGACGGAAUCGAACUAAAGAAUUUGAAAAAGACAGCCAAGGAGAAGGAUACUGACAUCAAAUUGCUGACUACCUCUUCUGAUUCUGAUUCACCCACCCCUUGCCAACUCUCCACGUUUCAAGUUAUUCUGAACUUCAUCACUUUUAGAUGUUUCCAGAAUAAGGAGACGCUUGAAGAUGAGCCCAUUGGAUUUUUUGAACUAUUCCGGUACAUGAAACCCAUGCAACUCUUUUGCCUCAUUGCUGGGUUUAUCCUUGCCGCUGUAUCCGGAUUCUUCCAUUGUUCAUAUGGUUACCUGAAUGGAAAGCUCACCACUAUGUUUGUGAAUCCUAACACCACCGAUUUGGAGUUCUACGAAGAUGCCAUGCCCUAUGGUUUGGCUUUUGGCAUCGCUGGUGCCUUUAAUUUUGGGUUGACGACGUUGCAUUCUUAUCUGAUCCAGACAGCAAUUUUUCGAAUGACACAAUCCUUGGAGCAUCUCUUCCCGACGUCCGUUCUUCGUCAAGAAUCCGAAUGGCACGAUAGACACAGUGCAGGAACGUUGAAGACAAAGUUCAAUGAAAACAUGGGUAUAAUCAAGAGCAAACUUCCACAAAUCAGCUUGUUGUUUUACAAUUUCUCUGUCUAUGCUUCCGGCGUCGGAGUUUCCUUCCACGUGUCUUGGAAACUAGCACUGCUUUCGAUGCUCUCUCUUCCGAUCAUUAUGUGUGCAAGAGCAAUUUUGGCUAAUAAAAACAAAACGUACGAAGAGAAAAAGGAAAAGAUCAGCGAGAAGGCAGCAGAAGUUGUCAGCGAAGCUCUGAACAGUGUUCGGACUGUUCAAGCCUUCAACGGACAGGAAGAAAUCAUUGAAAAAUACGGAAACGCCUUCGAGAAAUCUGCAACGUACUCUAUCAAACAGGCCCUAUGGGACGAUGUGGUAUGGAGUAAUUGUGACUUGAUGCUACUCACCAUUUUUGGUGUUGCAAUAAAUUUUGGUGUCACACUUUAUUGCAAUAAGGAAAUAUUGGAAGUGGGGAUGAUCUUCACCGUCUUAUUCGUUUGCCUCACCAGUUCUGCUAUUGCCGGUACCUCCGCCCAGAUUUUUAAUGAUGUCUUGAACGCAAGAGUAGCGGCUAGGCAAAUUUAUCGAGUCAUUGAGAGGAGUUGCAAUGAAUUCAAAAAUUCUCAGGUCCCCAAAAUCGACGCCAUGUCAGCUGAAGGCCAAAAGCUACUGAAUGUUUCUGGAAGAGUCGAAUUUAGAAAUGUCCAUUUCCGUUACUCGACUAGAAGGGAUGCAAAGAUCUUGGAUGGAUUCAACUUGUGUGUGGAACCUGGAACUUCUGUGGCUCUUGUCGGACACUCGGGAAGUGGAAAAUCAACUGCUUUCAAGCUUUUGACGAGACUCUAUGAGCAAGAAGACGGACAAAUUUUUAUCGAUGGACAUGAUAUCAAAUCUCUGAACAUUGGAUGGCUGAGAAAAAAAGUUGGUGUUGUUCAACAGGAGCCAACUGUUUUCAAGGACACAAUUAGAGAGAAUCUCUUGAAAGGAAAUCCAACGGCUACGGAAGAAGAGAUGAUUCAAGCAGCCCAAAUGGCAAAUGCGCAUGACUUCAUGAAACUGUCCGAAGGAUAUAAUACGAUCAUUGGAGAUGGUGGAAUUCAACUUUCGGGAGGUCAGAAACAACGAGUUGCCAUUGCUAGAACUUUGAUAAGGAAUCCCAAGAUUCUACUACUGGAUGAAGCCACCUCUGCUCUGGAUGCUCACAGCGAGAAUCUUGUUCAGGAUGCAUUGAACAACGCAAGGAAAGGAAGAACCACAAUAAUGAUUGCUCAUCGCUUAUCGACAAUUCGUGGAGCAGACAAAAUUGUGUAUGUGGAAGACGGGAAGGUGGCGGAAUAUGGAACCCAUGAGGAACUGAUUUCUUUACGACUACGGUAUGCAAUGAUGGUCGAUGCUCAGAAGUUUGACGACGAUCAGGAACGGGUUGAAGUGGAUAAUGAAGAUGAACAUUCUCUACAAGGAUCAAUUCAAGACUCAAACGGCGACUCCGAACUUCCAUCCACAUCCGACCAACAAGCAUCUCUCCCUCACAUCACCUCAACUCAAAAAGACAGCUCCACGACUUACGGACUGCUGGAUGUCUUCGGAAACUCUUCUGGAAACUACAAUUACAUGUUGCUUGCCACUAUCUUUGCUAUUCUGAGAAGUCUCGAGCAACUCUUCUGGUCACUUCUGCUCAAUUGGGUGUACGACGCCUUCAAAAAACCACCAGCCGAGAUGAAGGAUGAACUUUGGAAGAGCAUUUUACUUUUCCCAGCCCGUCAGCUCUACAAAAUGAUAACAAAUGUUUUAGUGAGCUACUUAGCCAGCAAAACAUCCGAGAACAUAAUUCGAAGACUUCGGAUUCAAUGCUUGAAAAGUCUGCUUAAUCAAGACGGAGAGUUUUUCCACGACCCAGAGAACACACCGGCGAAGAUGGAAAAGGCUUUGUCGACAUACGUCAAGGACAUCAAACCAAUGGUGGAUGCCAAUGUCUAUAAUGCGAUUUCCACCGUCUUCAGUAUAAUGUUCAAUCUGGGCUUGGCGAUUUCAUGCUGCUGGCAAGUCGGUGCAGUGGGAGCAGGAGUGAUCAUGGUCAGCGGAUUUCUUAUCAGAUUGCUAACCAAGAAACUUGCUGAGAUUGACAAGCGGAAGAAGAAAGAGGAGAAGUCGCCGAAGAUUGUUGCGGAAAUGAUAGAAAAUUCGAGAACCAUCCAACUUCUGACAUGCUCCCAGAGAUUGUUGGACAGUUACAAGGAAGCUCAGGCCGCCGAAGCAGCAAUCGGAUUGGAGAGCAUUUUCUAUAAGGCCAUAAAUGAUGGCUUUGGAAAAUCGCAUAGCUACUUCUCAAUUUUUGCAUGCUACUUUGCGGGAAUCAUUUUCGUCAAAAAUGGGCUGGUUAUCAGAGACGAUGCGUAUCGAGCUAUCCAACCAUUAUAUAUGAGCGCUCACGGAGUCGUGACGUUCAUCAACUUGAUUCCAAAAUUUUCCGAAGGUACAAGCGCAGCCGACCUCAUCUUCAAGCUCAUCUACCGCAAACCAGCCACUGGCGAUAUUAUGGAUGGAUUGAAGCCAGAGAUUCAAGGGAACAUCUCUUUGAAAUCCGUGAAACUCACUUACUCUCGACGACCAGAUCAUCCAGUUUUGACGAAGCUCACUUUCUCGGCACGUAGCGGACAAACAAUAGCCUUAGUUGGGCCAUCUGGCGCAGGAAAGAGCACCUGCAUAUCAAUUCUAGAAAGGUUUUACGACGUAUGUGAAGGUGCUAUUGAGAUUGAUGGACAGGAUAUCCGAUCACUAUCACUCUAUUGCCUGAGAACCCAAAUGGCAUUGGUCGGACAGGAACCCACACUUUUUAGCGGAACCAUCAAAGAGAAUGUGUGUUUUGGAUUGAAUGACAUCCCUAUCGAGAAGGUCAUGGAGGCUCUGGAACUAGCUAAUGCUCUAAACUUUGUGACCAAUCUCCCAGCUGGACUCCAUACUGAGGUUGGAGAAAAGGGAUCAAUGUUGUCAGGAGGACAGAAACAAAGGAUCGCCAUCGCCAGAGCAUUAGUUAGAAACCCGAAGAUUCUGUUAUUGGAUGAGGCAACGUCGGCGUUGGAUUCCCAAGCGGAGAAGGCUGUCCAAGAAGCUCUGGAUCGUGCUCGCCAGGGACGCACAUGUAUAACCAUUGCUCACCGGUUGUCCUCAAUUCAAAACUCGGAUGUCAUCGUGUACAUUGAUCACGGAAUGGUUCUGGAAUCUGGGAGCCACAAGAAGCUGAUGGCUCAAAAAGAAAAAUAUUAUGAGAUGAUACAAAAACAAAAAUUGAUUGGUUAA